UUUUUAAUACACAAAGGAUAAGAACAAAAGAGAAGACAGAGAGAAAGGGAAACUUUGGUGUGUUUGUUUGUUAACUGGUAAAAGAUUUGUCAAGUUUUCACUGUUUUUAGAAAUGGGGGAUUUGGAAAAGCAAGUGGUGGUGAAUGGAGGGAAGGAGGAGGCAGAGGAAGAGGAGAAGCUGUUAAUGGAAGGGAUGAGUGUUUUGGAUUUUGAUAUGUUGUGUUCUACCGUGGCUAUGCAAACACAAGGCAAAUAUUGGGCCAAACUUGAAAGCAAUGAAGAAGAAGACGAUGAUUUGAAUCGUUACAAUAAUGGAGGUGGUGGUGGUGGUUUCAGGAUGUGGGAAGGUGAAGUUCUUGAUUGCUUUGAUGACCGCCGCAUUGCCAUCGAAUCUCUUUGCUGUCCAUGCUAUAGAUUUGGAAAGAACAUGAGACGAGCUGGUUUUGGUUCUUGUUUUCUUCAGGGAAUUGCAUAUUACAUUCUUGGUCUUGGCGCCCUGCUCAACUUCAUUGCCUUUAUUGUGACGAAGCGAAGCCGCUUUCUGUACUUGUCAAUUGUUUUUACCUUCUCAUUAGGAAUAUAUUUGGGUUUCUUCCGCACACAGAUGAGAAAGAAAUUUAAUAUCAGGGGUAGUGAUAGUUCCUUGGAUGAUUGCAUCUACCAUCUGAUCUGCCCAUGCUGCACAUUAUCCCAGGAAUCCAGGACAUUGGAGAUGAACAAUGUCCAAGAUGGUACCUGGCAUGGCCGGGGAGACACUAUAUGUGUGGGUAGUUAUAGUGAAGGAAACAAAGUGUUCCUGGAGCUGCACCCACCUCCCGCUGUCACAACCAGCUCCCCUGAUGUUUGCAGCAUGCAAAAAAAUACCAAUGUCAGUGACCAACCUUCGACUUGAGAUGUUUGGGCUUGAGACCUUGAUCUCUGAAUCAACGUGUUAUGAGCUUCCACAUGAUUUAUUUCCUGAAGAAAAGGGUGAUAUGCAAGCAAUAUCACCCAAUCUUGUUUACAAGAAGAAUCAGAGGGCAGCGUGGAGCAUUUGCUGCCUAUACUCAGACUGCUGCGUUUUCAAAUCAGGGAAGAUAACCUGUUUGUGAGAAUCUGAUGAAGAAGAUGUGUGCAGUCCAUGCAGACAACGGAGAUGAACAUUGUCAGGUUAUUGGUUAGACCCUGUUCUUUGCGUGCUUUGUUUAGUGGUGGAAGUUGUAAAUAUUGUAGUCACAUUUGUUCUACGAAUUUGAAGCAACACUAUUUAUUUCACACUGGCCGAGUUUGAUUUAUUUAAGUUUGUAAAAAUCAAGUGUAUUAGCAA